AUGUCGUCCUUCAACCAAAGUCCGUCUUGGCUCGCCGGACAUGCAACCAGUGGGGGCCAGCCUUAUGGCUCCGAAAUCGUAGAGGAGCUCCUCAAUCAUAUCGAGAUUCACGGCAAAGAGGAAUGUCUCAAUCAGAUCAAGAGCUGGCUGCAGCGCCAAGAGCCCUCGCGCGGCCACCAGUCCAGGAGCGAGUUGCAAGUUCAACAUAUGAAAGCAGAAUUUCAGUAUGUGAAAGAAGCAUCUUGGAGGGGCGCAAGGGCUGCUCUCGGUGAAGAUCACAGCGCUGGAGCUGGUGAGCAAGAGAACGGUCUAGAGGCUCGAUCAAGAAAAGAGCUCAGUACUCAAGAAGCAACUGGAAAUGACGAGUCUCUCAUUUCCAAUUCAAAUAUGGAAGCCACACCUCAACAUGCGAGCAAAACCCCCCAAGCUAUCCGUGACAGCACCUCGAAACUCGACAGCUCUUCGACAACGCUGCCCGAUGAGUCGAAUAAAGAGUCUCAGAUUCCGCAUCCCCAAACGACAUCUCGUCGAAACUAG